GACCUGGAGAAAUGCCACCAUACACUCACCCUACAUGCCGGGAUAUGAGCUUAUUAAACAGCAGAACCUGUCGAUGCAGGCAAUUGUAGUAACGGACAGCCUGUACACGUUCCUGCUGUUUAACUAUGAUCAAGAGCAGUUCAGUAUCCAACCCGACAGCUAUACGCCAGUUGCCGCUGGAUAUACCUAUCCCGGGAACUUUUCCGGCAAAGUUCUUGCCAACAGGAGCAACUUCACGAACCUUAAGAAAGGCUCGAAUGUCUCCCCAGCGGUCAAAGGCCGUUGGCUGUACAACGUCACGUACAUCACUGACGACAUGUGGGACGAGGCGAGAUGCCGGAAGUUCCACGAAAACCAAGACUUGAAAACAUGGACGCGAGAACAGCUUAAAAACUCAUAUCCUUGUCCUUGUUACGAACAAGACAUGAAAGAGGACUACACCUUCAAACAAAAUGACAGUCUUUGGACGAACAGGGACCAGUAUACCCACUGUUACGAGUCGUGGUUCUUCAAUCCAUACGAAAUCAAACAGCGCUGCUGCUAUCGAUUCGGCGAAUUGCGUAAGGAAUAUCCCUUCGCAAUAGGAGCCGAGUACAAUAACCCUAAUAAUUUGAUUCUGGAGGCCGGUUUUCGACAGUGCUGCUCAGCGGUAAACAGGCAGCGGUACUGUCACCUAUACUAUGACGUCAACCCGCCCGACGACUGUUCAAGCUGGUCCCCCGACGACGAAGGCGUUGUAAAACGCGCUGUUCGCAAAGUCAUGGAAUUUGUUGGACUGUCUAAGGCAUAGUCUUUCUGGAUACAGACUAUAUAGUUUGUAUGCGUGGAUAUUUACUUAUAUGAUAAAAGUCAUGAAUGUUUGUGAAUAUUAUAUUAAAACUGACUUGUGUUGUAAAUAUGUUAUAAGAUGUUUAAAAUUAUAGUGUUUUCUUUAAUUGGAUGACAAUUUCAGCGAUACCCAAGGCCAAUUAUGUUUGGCAAAUGCUAAAGACAAAUAACCUUUAAUCUUUUUUAAAGGAGAAAGCUUGUGAUAUUUACAAAUUCGCACAUGGUUUCGACAAUGUUUGUAUAAUGCUUUUGAGAAUGUGUAUGCUCGUUCAUGUUUUUUUUAAUUAUGCUUUGUUUUUAAAGUAUGCUUUGUAAAUAAAUGUUUUUGA